GUUAUUGUUUCUAUUCGAGAGCUUGAAUGGAUAUAUACUAGACCUCACUGCGAAUUUUCAUCCGCACUUCAGUUCACAUACAACAUGAAUACACUUUUCGCUCGUGCAUCAUUGAAGCGCAGCUCUCGUACUCGCACCAGAAAGAACUCAAUAUCAGACGCUGGCUGUCCACCAUCCUGCUCAAAUUCAACAGUUCUCCAAAUAAUACCAGAGUGCUCAGAAAAUGACUCCCCACGCGUCACUCUCUCUGCAUUCACAUUCUCCAUCGACGAUGCCUUACUCAUGCUCAAUGACGCACCUCGUUCACCCGCUCUCUCUGCAUCCUCUUCCACAGAUGACGGCAACUCCGAAAUGCUCGCUACCCCAGGUGCAUCAGACGACGACGACUUUGCCGACCUACCUCUCCCAACUCCCCGUCUGAGACCAAAGCGCAUCAGCAUUCGUCCGCUCUGCAUAACCAAGACCCAUUCUGUCGUUGAGGACGUCUCAGAGACCAUCGAUGCUCAUGAAGAGGAAGACGAGUACGAUUUCUACACACGCCAAUUCGAGGACUUCAUCUCCAUAUACUCGCCCUCUUCUAACCCCAUCUCUGCACCAGCACCUGCACGCCCAGACUCUAUCAUCCUCUCACCAGAAGUAGCACCCCAGUUGCCUGUCGAGGUACCUAAACCACGCGGACGCAGCCGUUUCUCAAAAGCUCUCCCACUCCUUCCUCUCCCUACCCCGCCCCCAACAACUCUCCCACCCGUUCCACAGCUCCCAGCCUCGGUAUCGACCAUCCGAAGAAAACGCGUCAUCCCACCCUUGCCCAUGUACCCACCUCCCCCACCUCCAAUCGAAAGCCGUCCCCCUCCUCGUAUGGCUGUCCCCUCUGACAUCGAAGACGAUAUCUUGUUCGAGGAAGAGAACCAAGAGCCCACUCGUCCACUCGUCAUAGAACAGGUAUGGUUCGACGACGAGGAAGAUUCCAUCUAUUCCCAGCCUUCCUUCGUACCAGGCCAAAACAUCCACCCCAUCUCACCAGCAGUCCCCGAAACAUCCAUGAACGAGGUGUACCUCCCCCGCGCAAGCACCGACUCUGAUGCCCCACGCUCGUCUCUCGAUUCUUUUUCAAGCAGCCAGUCCCACUCCUCUUUUUCAUCUUCAAGCUCGUUUGAAGAAAGGAGCCCCAUCUCGCCAUUCUCCUUCCCUCCCACUCCAAGAUCUGAGACCCACCAACUCCGCAGUCGAUGGAGCUGCUCCACGAUAUCCUCACUGGCUGCUGAACCUCCACGUACGAUUCUAAGUCCGUUGCGUGGGGUGUUUGUGUCGAAAUCGAAAUUGAAGUCGGGAUCAGGAUCAAGGCGGGCACCUCUUCUGCUUCCGAUCAUGUCUUCGCCUCCCCGUUCUCGCGCAUCACCCAGUUCAUCGCCGCUACAAACGCUAACCAACACCCAAACCCAAACGCGUACGCAGAGUCCAUACACAAUGCCUCUAACGCGAAUGGUAUUCCCCGCAACGCCCUCUCCACCCAGUACACCCACCCCCAGACACAUCCGCCGCCAAAACUCGCGCUCAUCGACGUCUUCUGGAUCGUCUGAAAGCGGGAGCUGUGAGAGCAGCGGUGGUGCGGGGUUGAGGAGGAAGCCGAUUCCUGUUGAGAUGUUUUUAAGGGCUUGAGGUAUGGGGUGGAUUCCAUUUUCGUGGUUGUUUUCUUCGGCGUUUUGUUCUUUGUCGUUUUUGCUUUUGCUUUUGUUCAAUGUUUUCGAUGUCUCUUUGCUCUCGUUUAUGACGAUGACGACGAUUCGUAAUUAUUGUAUUCAUCAUCAUCACUCGCAGCUCGCUUGUUCACGCAUAUUGUUAUUCAUACUGUACCUGGACCCUCUGUCACUUUGCAUCUAGUCUUUCGUUGAUUUCUGUUGCAUGUCUUUCCAGUCUGAGUCUCUUACACGUUUCCUCCAUCUCUGACACGUCUUCCCGUUCGUCACGUUUCUACACACAUUCUGUCUCUGUCUCCAUAGCAUAGUCUCCUUGUAGCCUAGUUCAUACUACGAUGAAAUUUAUCCGAUGUUUCGAUGUUUC